CCCUUUAGUGCAAACAUCCCCAAACGCUGAGGCCAAAGGCAACCCACAAGGCAUCCGCUUGACUUCCCUGUUCACAAAGUUCCAUAUUUUGGUGUGCAUGUGGCUUCUUCGGCUUUGAUAACACUGGGGUAUGUGCCUAGCAGCGAUGGGAUCUCUCUGGAAGAGUCUGAAUAUUUUAGCUAAUUUUUUAGUGGCGUAAUUUGAAGCUGCUUUCCAGAAUGGCUAGACCAGUUCCCCUCUCCGUUAACAGUGUAGUAACGUGCCUGUCCUCCUCGCCACGUUGACUAUUCCCACGUUUUUUCAUCUUUGCCAAUUUUCUGGGUGUGAGAAUCCCAUGACCUUUCCUCAGUCCUCAGACUUCGUGACCUUCCUGCAGUGCUCGACGAUGUUGCUGAUUCCCCUCCCGACGUACUCUCUCCUUCCUGGCUGUCUCUGCUGUGCCAAUGUCCAAGAGGAGAUUGAUCAAGUCAUUGGGCGACACAGACUCCCCAAGGUAGAGGACCGGAUGCAGAUGCCAUACACUGAUGCAGUCAUCCAUGAGAUCCAGAGGGUUACAGACAUUGUGCCCAUGGGUGUCCCUCACACAGUCACACGAGACACCCACUUCCGAGGUUACAUCCUGCCAAAGGGCACUGAUAUCUUCCCUCUCAUUGGCUCUGCUCUUCGAGAUCCUAAGUAUUUCUCAAAACCUGAAAUCUUCGAACCAAAGCAUUUUCUCGAUGAGCAGGGAUGCUUCAAGAAGAAUGAAGCCUUCGUGCCAUUUGCUUCUGGGAAACGUGUAUGUCUCGGGGAGGCCAUGGCCAGGAUGGAACUCUUCCUCUACUUCACAACCAUACUGCAGAGCUUCUCCCUCCAAUCUCUGGUUCCUGCCAGUGAGAUUGACAUCACCCCCAAGAUCUCCGGCUUUGGCAACAUCCCUCCCACCUAUAAACUUUGCAUUGUGGCCCAUUGAUGGGCUUCUUGGGGCAAGGUCCAGCAACUACCUGCUGCCUGCUCAUCCUGCUCACCCACCAUCCCUACCUUCUGUGGCCUCUCCCAAUAAAAUUUUUUUGAUGCCCCAUAACUGCUAGUGUCUUUU